GCGUAUGUGUGUGUGUGUUAAGAGGAGUUUUAUGUGUGUGCACAGCGCUGUUUUUUUUUUAAGAGGAACUGAAGUGCAGUCGUUCAUCAGUGUAGCUGACUGCAGUCGGGGGAAUACUCAGAGCUCCGCGUCACUUUUCAACUUACAGCUGCUUAUAGAACUUUUUUUUUUUUAAAGACUAACUGGACUUUUAUUUUUCACCAAGCCAGGACGGCAGAGCUGCUCACUCUUUGUCCCAUCUUCACUGGAACUCCCAAUAUUAAUUUUUCCAGAGGUUCUUCCAGGAUUGUUAAAUUUUGUUUUAUGUAUUCUCCUGUUUUCUGAGUUCUAUUGCAAUUUAGAUAAUUGCUAUUUCAUCCUCAUUCCCUACUAUGACUUGAUAUGUUAAACCUUUAAUGGAAAUUAAGAGCUCAGCAAGAGGGAAAAGGUGUGCAUGAGCAAUAACUUUGACAGUACCUACGACACAGAAAAGUUUCUCACACUGGAAGCAAUAAGUGCAACGAGAGGCAUGAAGGGCUCAGGUGGAUGCUGAUUCUGACCAGGACAAUUUUGAACCUUUGCAAAUUUUUAUCUCUUGGAACUGGAUGGGAAGGUCCCUGUGUCCAGGCGGAAUGAUUUUGUCCUGUCUCGGAUGUGAGAGGUGAUCUGGGUCGUCCUUUGUAAGAGGACCAGAGGAUAUAUCCAGAAAACUCUUGGGAAUAAGUCUGACGUCAACUACAAGCCAGGAUAGCUGUUUUUUAUGUUUUGUUUUGUUUGUUUUUUUCAAAUUAGGAGAAACACUUUGCGUGACGAUGAAAUAGAACUGGACGAGAACCAGAUAAAUAAAUCAUCUCUCAGCACAAAUACUCAGCACUCAAAGCGGCCAAAACCACUAAACACCAGCUUUUGAUAGAAAGCGGUUUGUGAAAAGGGCGCCAAAAUGAUGACCAUGAUGAUGAUGAUGAUGGUCACCUGCAGCUCUCUGCUGGUGCUCGGGAUGGCUGCUGCUUACUCUUCGUCCAGCUCAGUAACCCGUGCUUCAUCUUCCUCCUCCUCCUCAUCUUCCUCAUCCUCCUCUCCCACCUCCUCCUCUUCACCACGCAUGAAACUUUCAUAUAAAGAAUUGCAACAGUACCACGGCGUGCGGCGAUUUGAGCUGGAGCGCUCCUGCUGUUUCAGCACCAUGCUGCUGGACGAAGAGAGGGGCAGACUGUUUGUAGGGGCCAAAAACUUCUUGCUGUCCCUCUCAUUGGACAACAUUGCCAAACAAGAACACAAAAUCUAUUGGCCAGCUCCCGUUGACUGGAGAGAGGAGUGUAACUGGGCUGGCAAGGACAUCACUUCUGACUGUGUGAACUACGUGAAGAUUGUGCAUCCCUACAAUCGAACCCACCUGUACGCCUGUGGAACCGGGGCUUUCCACCCUACCUGUGCCUUUGUGGAGGUGGGACACAGGAUGGAGGACCAUGUGUUUAGGAUCGACCCCUCUAAGGUUGAGGACGGGAAAGGGAAGAGUCCAUACGAUCCUCGGCAUAACGCUGCCUCUGUGCUAAUCGGCGAUGAGCUUUAUGCAGGUGUAGCCACAGACUUAAUGGGACGAGACUUCACCAUCUUCAGAAGUCUGGGCAAACGUCCCUCGAUUCGCACCGAACAGCACGACUCACGCUGGCUCAAUGAACCAAAGUUUGUCGGCUCCUUUUGGGUCCCUGAGAGUGAAAAUCCAGACGACGACAAGAUAUUUUUCUUCUUCCGGGAGACAGCAGUUGAAGCGCAAGGUUUGGGAAAGUCCACUUACUCGCGCAUUGGACAGUUAUGCAGGAAUGACAUGGGUGGACAGAGAAGCCUGGUGAACAAAUGGACAACGUUCCUCAAGACCCGACUGAUCUGCUCAGUACCAGGAGCUGAUGGCAGCGACACGUACUUUGACGAGCUGCGGGACGUGUUCUUGCUGCAGACGAGGGACAAAAAGAACCCUCUGGUCUAUACUGUCUUCUCUACUUCCAGCAGCAGUGUGUUUAAAGGCUCAGCUGUGUGUCUUUACUCCAUGAAUGACAUCCGGAGGGCCUUCCUGGGGCCCUUUGCACACAAAGAGGGGCCUAACUACCAAUGGGUCCCUUUCCAGGGAAAAGUGCCAUAUCCCCGCCCAGGAAUGUGUCCCAGCAAGACAUUUGGGAGUUUUGAAUCCACAAAAGGUUUCCCAGAUGAUGUGAUCCAGUUUGCCCGUCACCACCCCCUGAUGUACAACCCGGUGUACCCCAUGAAUCGACGGCCUGUGUUUGUUAGGACCAACGUGGAGUACAGCUUCACACAGAUCGCCGUGGACAGAGUCAAUGCUGCUGAUGGGCAGUAUGAUGUCAUGUUCAUCGGAACAGACAAAGGGACAGUCCUAAAGGUGAUCAGUGUCCCCAAGGAGAGCUGGAACAACAUGGAAGAACUUUUACUGGAAGAGCUGGAGGUCUUCAAAGAUGCCUCAUCUGUAAUUAACAUGCAGAUCUCUUCCAAACGGCAACAGCUGUACGUCGGCUCGGACACGGGAAUCGCCCAAGUCCCUCUUCACCGGUGCAGUGUUUACGGGAAGGCUUGCGCCGAGUGCUGCCUGGCCCGAGAUCCAUACUGCGCUUGGGACGGAACGUCCUGUACUCGUUACCUACCGAAUACAAAGAGACGUUUCCGUCGACAGGAUGUAAGGAACGGGGACCCCAACACCCUUUGCUCAGGAGACCACCACAAGCAUCGCGUUGCAGAGAGGAAGCUGUAUGGAGUUGAGGGAAGCAGCACUUUCUUGGAGUGUAUCCCCAAAUCCCUUCAGGCCAGAGUCACCUGGACUUAUCAGAAGCAACCACAGAACCCGAGAGAGGAGGUGCGUCUUGAUGAACGUAUCCUGCAGACAGACAGGGGCCUACUGAUUCGUCGGGUCCUCAAGAGAGAUGUUGGUGUCUACCAAUGCCACGCUAUGGAGCACGGAUUCACCCAGACAUUGCUGGGAAUCACUUUAGAAGUCGUACCAUCGACAUCUUCCUCCUUCUCCAAUCUUCCCUCCGACUCCCCUGUUCGAUUAGAUCCUCGCAGCGGAGGUGCUCCUUCACUGACCAAUCAAAAGCUUUGGUAUCGGGACUUCAUGCAGCUGGUGGACCACCCUAACCUCAGCACUGUUGACCAGAUUUGUGAGCAAGUUUGGGCACGGAAACAGGCUGGUGCCGACCAGGGGUCGAAAAGUUUUGAGUCUCCGAGGAAGGAGAUCGUACCUUUGGGUCCUGCUGCCCGACCGGCCAAUAAGAAGUGGAAGCACCUGCAGGAGAUCCGAAAGGGGAGAAACCGCAGGACCCAUGAUGGGAAACCGAGCUCUCGGGCACCGCGCAGUCCUCGGGAGUAACUACGGCGAGAAACGGAUGAAAAAGAGUGAGAGGGAGAGUGAAAUAAAGUAACUGAGAGACCAGAUACUCAUGGAGGUGUUCACAUAUACAAAUACACACAUAAAGACAUGCACAGACACACUCCACCUCCUGUAUUGUGUUUAUUUAUCUAUGGAUACCACCACUAUACGGUACACCAUCCCCCUGAUUCCUCAUCCCUGUGACCAGCUUCCUGCAUGUGCUGCCUUACUGCCCAGACUGAUUCUGCACGAUCCCUUUACACUUCUUCACUAGGAUAGUCACGUGUACUAGCAAAUACGCGAGAGGAAAUUCACCCUCAUGAGGAGGCAAUAAACUGACACACACAUCUAAAGCUUAUUCUACAAGCCAUUUACACUACUUUAAUAGUUAGUGUGUUACCUGUUACUCUCUGGACAACACGCUGCAGCCACUCAUGAACAGUCCGAAAGGUUUUGAGAAGCACUCUUCUAUGUAUAACAUUUCAUUAAGUGACCUAAAUACGGACAGAAUGGAGAAAGUGACAACUGGAACAAUGAUGCAAAAAUAUAGUCUUGAACUGAAAACGAGUAAUUAUGUUUAAAAUGUAUGUGCAUGUUGCAGUGACAUUUGUAAGAACCAGAGUAAUUGACAAACAUCUUUCUGUGGCCCCCCCUUCCAUUCUUAUCACCACUUGUCAUUUGUACAAAUUACACCCUGGAGCCAUGAAGAGUUACCAGCACCCGUGGAACACACUAUUUGUGAAAAUGUUAUAAAUUUGUUGUGGGGUUGGAUUCUUGAGUCAGUUUUAUUUUUGGAGCCGUUUCCAUUGACACAUUGAGUUUGUAUCAUCAUAAGCAACAGACUUAAAACAAAGAGAUGCACCGAUCGGGGUUUUCUGGCCAAUUUUAGAGUAGACUUGGAGUAGAGUCACUGCUCUUCCACAUCCAGAUGAGCCAGUUAAGGUGGAUAAGGCGUCUGGUUAGAAUACAUCCUGGCAUGUCUCACUGGGAGGAGACCCUCCAGGUGGAUAGAUGGAUGGAUGACAAAAUUAUAAUCACUGUGGGACUCUUGUACCGCAGACAUUUAAUAAAUAAUGUCUGAAAGACUUGCCCAAACAAACAUAGACCAUGCACACGCAGCAACUGUAGCAGUGCUUCAUCUAUUAAAAAUCUGGAUCCAUGGUGAGUCAGUAUGGAUCUAUUUAUAAAUAUUACUUUGAAUGAAGGAUUUACAUCCUCUUUUACUGUUAGUGUUAGUACACAGGUGAUGGUUUACAGUUAAAGUUAACAGGAUGUAUGAGCUUUAUAGUGUCGUAAUAGAAAAAAAUGUCAACCAAUUUAACCACCAGUUUCCACUAAAUUCCAUUCAAAGGUUACUGCUACUUGAAGAAACAGUGCUGCCAUAUAGUGAUACAGUUCUAGACUUAAUCUGCUAAGGUUUCAAACCCAGUGGUCAACAGUGGAGGUGGUCAAGCUGAAAAUCAGCCUUUUCCGAUCACCAGAUGUCAGAAGUCUUCCUCGGUGCAUCUCUGAUCAGAAUACUUAUUUCAGUCAGUAUAUGUGGUCUUGGUUAGGAACGAGUCAUAGCUGGCCUCUUACUAAAAAAUCAUAUUGCUGGUUAAAACCACUAGAGAGUGAGUAAUGAUAGAUGUACUCAUAUUCCAUAAAGUGGAAGAAGAAUAAGAUGUUUACGGAACAGCAAAAGCUGGAAAAAAACAAUGAAGCAAAUAAAUCAAUCUAUAAAAAAACUAUUUGAGAAUACAAUUAGGAGCCAAAUUAGAGCUCAUAGCGUCACUUGCAAAGAAAAAAUUGCAACUAAAAUAAUUUUCUACGCAAUUCAGAACAGUAAUUCUUACAUACUGUCUAUCUUUUUGCUUCCAACAUUUUUAGCAUUAAAGAUAAAUAAUGAGAACAGUGCUGUGUGGGGAAAUGGAUAAAUAUGGUAGGAAAGGUCGGAAGAAAGGGGGAGGAUUUAAGCAGACUCAAAAUAUGACAACCCAUGUUUUUUGGGCUACGGAACAGUAUAUAAAUAUAUAAAUAUAUAUUAGCAUGAUAUUUAUGAGUGAGAAUAAGAUUUUUCUUUUCUGUAUACUAAGAGGUACAACAUUUCUUUCACACUGUUCAAUCCUAAAUUGUUAGUGAUGCAUAGAUGAGCAGUUGAUACACAGUGAGUACAGGAUUCCUAGUUCAGCACACUAAAUUUCGCACAAUUCGUUUUCUACAGGUUGUGAAAAAAAAUAUUCUACACUUUGUAAUCACUUGUUAUGUAGUGUUGCAGUCAUUGAAAUCAUUGGAUGCUGCUUGAGGAUGUAAACUCUGUUAGGACAGCAAGGUUUUCCUUUAUAAAUGUCUUAGUCUCUAGGUGUUUUAUUUGUAAAGAAACCACAUUCGUUGGUUGUUUGUGCUAACAUGGUGUGUGUAGCCUGCCCCCUAGUGUUCAUUGCUUGAACAGGCUCAGAUAAGGAGCCUGUGUGUGGUACUUGGGUAUGUCAUAACCAGUAUGCAAGAAAGGAACUGAUGGGUCUUAGAUAAAACGUGUGUUUAUGUUUUACAGAAAUAAAAUCUGUACUGAUAUGUUUUGUGCUGCUACCACCAAAUAUCAUGGUUUUAAUCAAAUUAUCUUAAGUUAGUGUAUUCGUCCCAGUUAAAAGCAAGGCAGCACAACCCGGGUUUGCGUGGGGAUUUUAGAUGUAUGAUAUCAUUGUCAUUGUUAUUUAUGUACCUUUGUUAUAGAUGUGUAAUUAAGUCUUUAAACUAAACUGAACGAUGACGCCUACGAAAGGGACACUCAGCAUUUCGACACCACAUUGGGCGGGGCUGGAUUGACUUAACCAAGUGGAUUUUCAAUGCUUAAGGAAGCAGCUGAUCAGUGCUGUGGACAUAUGUGCACCAACCAAUUCUGAACCAGCAGUGAUGUCAAACAUGCCUGAGUAUCCCUUUUUCACCCAGCUUUUGUUUGUGCUUGAACUUGCAUGACUAAAGUUUGUGGCUAAUGCAUCUGACAAUGACAUGGUGACAUGAGAGAUCGAGAGGUAAAGAAAGCACAAUGUUAAAUAUCAUUAUUAUUCCUAUGUAUUUAUGUGGAAAGAUAAGCUGAGUUGUUGUGGACUUUUGUGUUUUCCUUAUAAAUGUAGAUUUAUUUCUCUAGUGUUCAUGUUCUGCUGACAAGGACUUGUCCUUAGCAUUUUUUUUAAUCCUUUACAACCAAUGGAAAAGCUUUUGUUUUCCUGCAGACAGUGUCCAAUUAAAGUCUUUUGUUGUUCUAAAAGCCCUCUGUUCCAAAUCUUCCUUCUAUCCCAAUUCUAUGUGAUGUGGUGGGUUUUUUUUUUCAACGCUUACUAUGAGAGGCUUUUGUGUUUGUAUGUUGAGUGAGUGCAUGUGUCUGUGUGCAAGAGUAAACUGUUCACUUGAACACGAUUUGUGUCUUCAGCCUGACGGUUUUUGUGGACAACCGAGCUUUGUAUAUAGUGGUAAAGGAACAGUGGAGUGUUGGGAGGUCUGUAGCUGAAAGUCUGAGGUCAAAGGCCAAAGUUAAUGUGGUGCACUGUAAUAUACCUGGGUCUUUGUGAAAUGUCAUGUCAAAAUGUUUUUGAUUAAUACAAUAAAAAUAUGCAGUUA